AUGGCAGCCAGCACAGAUAAGCCGGCCCAGCAAGAGGUCAAGCAGGAGGAGAAACUCAAGAACGGGCAACUCCCCAAAUCAUCCACAAGCAAGGGCAAGAAGAAGGAGAAAGAGGAAGUUGAAUUGAGUGAAGAAGAUGCCGCGCUCAAAGCAGACCUCGAGAUGCUCGUGGAACGGCUGAAGGAAGAUCAAGUGGAUUUGCAUCAAGCUGCCAUUGAUCAGCUUGGUACGCAUAUUCGAACAUCAACCUCAUCCAUGACUGCCGUCCCGAAACCACUCAAAUUCCUACGACCACACUACCAGGACCUACAAGCAGCCUAUGACAGAUGGCCGCAAAACAGUCUCAAGCAAUCACUAGGCGAUGUCCUCUCCGUCCUCGCCAUGACGUAUCCAGAUGGCAAACGCGCUUGUUUGCGCUACAGACUUGCGUGUCCCCUCGAUGAUCCCGGUUCCUGGGGCCACGAAUAUGUCCGACACUUGGCAACUGAAAUUGGUGAAGAGCGCGCAGAUCGUCUAGAGAAGGAAGAGUCGAGUGAGGAACUUUUGCAACUCGCCCUACAAAUCGUACCCUUCUUCCUAUCGCACAAUGCAGAAGCGGAUGCAGUUGAUUUGCUGCUUGAAGUGGAAUCCAUCGAAUCGCUUGCUACAAUGGUGGAUAAGGAGUCUUUUGCAAAAGUAUGCUUGUAUAUCGUCAGUUGCGUCAGCUUGCUCGCGCCACCUGACGAUGUUGCCUUUUUACGAACAGCCCACAGAAUCUACCUACAACAAGGCGAGUAUCCAUCUGCUAUUCUCUUGGCGAUUCGAUUGGACGACCAUGCAUUGAUUCAAGAAACCAUGGACGCUUGUAGUGACGAAACGACAAAAAAGCAAAUGGCCUUUAUCCUUGCGCGUUCCUCCAUCUGGAUGCAAGAAGAUGACCCUGACAUGGUUCCCUUGGAUGAAGCAUUGCGUAAUGCCAGGUUGAGCGAGUACUACAAAGCAGCGUGCAAUGAUCUCUCCCUGACGGAUCCACGCGUUCCUGAAGACAUCUACAAGUCUCAUCUUGAACCAACAAAGUCCGUCUUUGCAGCUGGCUCCGUUGAUUCAGCAAAACAAAAUCUCGCAAGUACGUUUGUGAAUGCCUUUGUGAAUGCGGGUUACGGUAGUGACAAGUUGCUCUUGACGGAAGAGGAGAAUACGAGCUGGAUCUACAAGACGAAAGAUGCAGGACAAACAUCCGCGACUGCUUCCAUUGGACUACUCACGCUUUGGGAUGUCGAUGCUGGGUUGGCCCACAUUGAUAAAUAUCUCUACUCUGAUGAAGAGUACAUCAAAGCUGGUGCACUGCUAGCUGUGGGGAUCCUCUCAAAUGGCGUUCACCAUGAAAGUGAUCCAGCACUGGCACUACUCGCUGAACCGCUUGAGAGCUCGAGUGUCAGAUUGAGGCUGAAUGCCAUGAUUGCUCUGGGACUCGCCUAUGCUGGCUCUCAACGUGAAGAUAUCUGCGAAUUACUGCUCGAUACCGUCACAGACACAGACAUCUCGAUGGAGUUAUCGGCGUUUGCUGCCUUGUCGCUCGGUUUGGUAUUUGCUGGAUCAUGUCAUGGCGAGAUUACAAGUAGCAUCUUGUUGACAUUGAUGGACAGGACGGAUGAGCAAUUAUCUGACAAAUGGACACGCUUCAUGGUUCUAGGGUUGGCAUUGUUGUUUGUUGGUAAGCAAGAAGAUGCAGAAGCGGCGAUUGAAGCGCUCAAGGCCAUUGAGAAUCCGAUUGCGAAACAUGCAGAAGUCUUGGUGGAUGCGUUUGCGUAUGCUGGAACGGGCAAUGUCUUGAAAGUCCAGAAAAUGCUACACCUUGCAGCCGAUCAUUUGGUGGAGGAGGAAGAGGACAAGGAGCCCGAAGACCUAUACCAGGCUUUUGCAACGAUUGGUAUUGCCAUGAUUGCAAUGGGUGAAGAUGUUGGUACGGAAAUGGCACUUCGACAAUUUGGUCACUUGAUGCACUACUCUGACCCCAUCAUUCGACGUGCUGUUCCGCUAGCACUGGGUUUGUUGAGUUGUUCAAAUGCACAGAUGAAGGUGUUUGAGACACUAUCACGCAUGUCACACGACAAUGAUUUGGAUGUGGCGGCGAAUGCCAUCUUUGCAAUGGGUAUGGUGGGUGCUGGUACGAACAAUGCACGUUUGGCGCAAUUGCUCAGGCAGCUUGCAAGUUACUAUGCUCGUGAAUCAAAUUGUUUGUUCAUGGUGCGGAUUGCUCAAGGAUUGCUGCAUAUGGGUAAAGGCACACUCAGCUUGAACCCCUUCCAUGGCGAUCGCAGUCUCUUCUCACGUACGGGUCUGGCUGGUAUUAUGACGGUGUUGAUUUCAUUGCUGGAUGCCAAGUCGUUCAUUCUGGAUAACGGGCAUUGGCUGCUGUACUACCUGGUGACGGCGAUGAAUCCACGCAUAUUGAUCACGUUGGGUGAGAAUGGCUCGCCUGUGCCUGUGAGUGUUCGUGUCGGACAGGCGGUGGAUUCAUUCGGGCCGGGAAAGCCAAGGAAGAUUACUGGAUGGGUGACGCAGACGACGCCAGUGCUAUUGAGCUAUGAGCAGCGUGCCGAGAUGGCGACGGAAGAGUGGAUUCCCAGUACGGGUGUGUUGGAGGGCAUUGUGAUUGUGCGGAAGAAUAAGCACUAUGAAGCUGACUAG